AUGCAUGCGCGCGCCCUUGUGUGCGUUCGUGCUUUCCUGAGUGCCUGCGUACGUACUGUGUGCAUGCUUGUGUGCACAUCUCAGAAGCUCAGCCCAGCCGCCACGUUGGCUGUUGAGCCACCUCGCAGUACAGCGGUGCCCCGGCAGCUCUUUGGCCUGGUUCCUCCACAGGGGGUUCUGGCCUGUGUAAAGUUGAAUGAUGGAGCUUCUGAAUGUUGCGGCCCGAGGCAGUCGGGCCAGAGCAGAGCGGAAAACCGUCCGGUUUCUUGUCAGGCCAUAGGCCGUUCACUUGGCGAGGCCCGACCUUCCUCAGGAGUUGGUGUUGGCCGUGGGCCCGGCCUGUGCAGGGGCCACCUGGGCUGGACUUGUCGGUGGUGGCAGUGGGCGGUGAGCGGCACCACCCCGGGCCGUUUGCGCUGGAACAGCUCAGCCCCGGGGAGAAGGCGACCAUCGCUGGGUCCUGGCACCCUAAACCUGGUCCUGUGUCAGUUCGUCCAGCUGCCCGUGGGCUCCUCUGCGGCCCGAGCAGUUGGGAUAGGAGUGGUCUUCUGCUUCCCUAGUCCCUCCGUAAUGAGCCCGCAGCUACUGCUGAUGGCUGAAACCCUGCCCACGCACGGGGGUCGUCCUGUUCUCAGGGGCCCCUGUUCCAGAGGACCGGCUGCCAGGCCUCAUACCAGCCUCAGCCUUCCAUUACGUUAA